CAGCGUUUUAUGCUAUCGAUUUAAUCGUUCUCAGCCAGCAGCACUAGCAUGUUCAGCGGCCAAAUUCAGCUCACAGCAUUCCCACUGUAUCUAGUUUGUAGUUAGUUUAAAGCUCAUGAUUGUUAAGAUGUGUGCUUCACAUCCACUUUGGGCGUGACCUGAUAACGGUUUGAGGCAGCACUAAUGCAGGGAAUUCAUGUGGUUGUCAUAGUAACAACACGCCCCUCCUUUACACCUUUUCCCUCCAAACGUCAGAACGCGAUGGAUUUGUCUCCAUGCGAUAGACAUCUUGUUUUCUGUUCGACACCAGAGGCGAGGGUCUUUUCCACUAAACAAAACCAGAUCGGCAUCCGGCUUCUCACCACAAACGUCCGGAGAACAGAAUCAGAGAACCCCUGAAGGGGUUGUGUUUGGUUUCUGCAGUUUCCCGCUCUUGACUGUAACUUGUGAACACCUCCUGUCUGAUGACCUGCUGUUGUUGUGAAUCUCCACACAGAGAUGUCGAAAGGAAACCAUAAAAAUGACAGCAGGAACGUACGUUCGGUUCUCCAACCCGACCUCCCUGAAAACAACAAUAUGAAGCCAGAGCCUGAUGACCACAGAGGGACAUGCUCCGCCCACAAGGAUGAGAAGAGAAGCCUGAUGAUGGCUGACGGUGGCUCAGAAGAAGACAGGAAAGGCUCCGCCCACAACGAUGGGAGUGGAAACGCCUUAAGGAUGUCUGGGUUAUAUCCGGAUGGGGGCCGGACGAACCCGUCGGGGCACGCCAGUGGAUCUGCAGGGUACCCGGAGAUCCAACGCGGGAUGGGAGGAGAGGAGCAUCCUUCAUGCUGGAAGCUGGACGACCUGAAGAAACUCUCAGACUGUGAGGAGAACCUGGGUUACCUGAAGUUUGAUAGGAUGCACGCCGUCCUGGUGGAUGUGGGGAUCCUCUAUAACAGUCACCGCCUAGUUCCUAUCAAAGGAAAGGAUGCUUGGGACAGUAACCACGUGAAGAUGCCAAACUCUUCAUCCACCGGAGCCGUGAGGAACCCAGCAGGUACCCCAGCGGUUCUGUCCUUGGUGCCGGUUUUCAUCCCGCUGUCGUCGCCAUGGAAACACCGUGAACUCACACCGGCGUUCACAAGUCAAGAAAGAUGCCAAGAAAAGGUUUUUUUCUCUGCAUGUUAAUGUCUUGACCCUGUGUGACUCUGCACAUAAUGAAACAAGAAAAAACAUUCAUGCUGUUUAUUAUGGUAAUGAAUGGAUUGAACUCAUUUGACUUUAGAUCACAGAUGUUUCAUCCCAUGAAAGACUUUCCCUAAUAACACAUAUUAAUACAAGUUUUAAUCAGUGAAUUUAAGAGUCUUAGCUGUAAAAAGAAACCUCUGUGUCUCCUCUCUGUCACCAGUGUUGGGCAUCUCACUUCAAAAAAGUAAUUAUUUAUAGUUACUAGUUACUUCCCCCAAAAAGUAAUUGAGUUAGUUACUCAAUUA